UCCAACGCAAAAAUAUUCCAAAGUAAGCCGAAAGUAGUCCACAAAGGGCGGUGUCUAAAAGUGUUGGGUAAAAAAAUAAAGUAAUGAAAACAUAAAAAAGAAAUAAGGACUGUUUUCUUUUCUGGAUACCUUAGAAAGUGACGGACAUGGGAAAGCAAAUAAUAGAAAGAGAGACAUGGGACAAGAAGUUAGAUUUUAUACUGUCCUGUGUUGGUUAUGCUGUGGGAUUAGGUAAUAUCUGGAGAUUCCCGUACCUCUGCUACCGGAAUGGAGGAGGAGCGUUUCUGGUUCCAUACGUGAUAAUGUUGGCGAUAGCUGGGGCGCCUAUAUUCUUUUUCGAGCUUGCGCUUGGACAAUUCGCCUCAGAAGGACCGAUCACAGUCUGGAAAGUUAACCCAUUCUUCGGCGGUAUCGGGUGGGGUAUGGUCACUAUCAGCGGCCUUGUCUGCGUCUACUAUAACGUGAUCAUCAUGUACGCCAUCUACUACAUGUUCGUAUCCUUUGUCAACCUGGACGGAGAGGUGCCGUGGAUUGACUGUGACAACCCUUGGAAUACCCCAAACUGCAGGGCUGAAGCAUACCCUGAUUUCGCCAGUAUGACAAACAACAACACUAAAGUUGACGAACUUGUCAAAAUGAUGAAUCAUACGUGUGUUAAUAAGACACUGGCCGGUAUGAGCGCCACGUGGACCACUCUAUAUGAUUAUGGAUACGAAGUGGUCAAAGCCAACUUCUCUGACUGCAACCUUGACCUUAAGUUGCCAAGUGACGAAUACUGGACUCGGUUCGUUUUGAGACUUCAUGAAGCUGACGGAAUCGACCAUAUCAAUGGAGUGAGCUUGAAAAAUGUCAUCUGUUUGUUCUUCGCCUGGAUUCUCAUCUUCUUCUGUCUGAUGAAAGGAAUCAAGUCCUCCGGAAAGGUGGUGUACUUCACCGCCACAUUCCCGUACGUAUUACUGACCGUGCUGCUGGUACGGGGUUUAACCCUGGAAGGACACAAAGAAGGCAUUGAGUUCUAUAUCAUUCCAGAGUGGAGUAAGCUGAAAGACCCUAAGGUAUGGUCCGAUGCUGCAACGCAGAUUUUCUACUCCCUCGGUCCAGCAUUUGGAAGUCUACUCACCAUGUCCAGCUUCAACAAAUUUAGAAACAAUUGCUGGAGAGAUUCUGUUAUUGUUGCCUUGAUUAACUGCGGGACUAGCGUGUUUGGCGGGUUCGUUAUCUUCUCUGUGCUCGGGUACAUGGCACACCAAACCAACCAGGCCGUUGCUGACGUCGCUGAUAGCGGUCCCGGUCUUGCAUUCGUUGCCUACCCAGAAGGAAUUGCAAGGCUUCCCGUAUCUUCCCUGUGGGCUUUCCUCUUCUUUUUCAUGAUUCUCACUCUUGGACUGGAUAGUCAGAUGGUAAUGAUGGAGACCGUGAUCAGUGGCAUCACAGACGUAUUUCCUCAGGUCCUCCGGAGGAAGAAGGCACUGUUUACAUUCAUUUGCUGUAUGAUAGGCUUUGUACUCGGCAUACCAAUGACAACAAAGGGUGGAAUUUUUGUGUUGACAUUAUUUGAUUGGUAUGCCGGAUCAUACAAUCUGAUGAUCGUCUGUCUGUGUGAACUCAUUGCCGUCUGCUGGUUGUAUGGUAUCAAGAACUUUAUGAAGGAUAUUGAAAUGAUGAUUGGGAAGCGACCUAUGAUAUUCUGGGCGUACUAUGUGCCAACAUGGUUUCUUAUCACGCCAGUGGCUAUCGUGUUUAUUGUGAUAAUGUCUGGUAUAAACUACACACCGGUUUACUACUACGCUGACCAACCCUUCCCGAGUUGGGCUCAAGCUCUUGGCUGGAUCCUUGCUUGUCUUCCACUCCUAUGGAUUACCAUUGGGGCCAUCGUAGCACUUGUCAGAAACGGCUGCAGAAUAGGUGAUGCAAUAAAGCCAAGACCAGAUUGGGGUCCCAGACUAAAGAAGGAUCGUCAAGGCAGAUAUUUCGGAGACAACUAUGGCUAUGUAGCUGACGGCUAUGAGAAGGAGAUACCGAGGAUCUAUGCUGUGGAUUAUAACAUUAAAGCAACAGAAAACGGCAAAAAAACGGCUGAAUAUAGAGAGUUCGACAGAUUGUAGACACUAAAGAUAAGUUCUAUACCGUACCAAAGUGACUUCUGAUAGUUUAUUAACAGGCUCAAUGAAAGUGAUACGGAAUACGCGAAGGGGCAUAUUCUGGUGUUUUAUACGAUAUUAGUAUCAACAUAUCUGUCAUAUAUAUGCAUCAUGGUAUUACUAACAACACCUAUCUUAAGCAGCUCUUUCACUGGAAGUAAUGAAUUAACGUUUUAUGGACGGGUAGUCCAGCAUUUUGUUAUUUCAUCACAAAUUUUAAAUAACUGUAAGACAUUACCAAACAAAUACUCAAAUACUUAAAUUUGUUCAAACGUUUUAAACCACAGUGUUUAUUUAGAAGCAAUUCCAAAUUCGAUACUCCCACAGUCUAGAAGAAGAGAAUUUCCUUUGAAAUAUCGUAAAAUAACAAUCAUACUUUCUUUUCCUAUAUGUUAAUUGCAUCCGUAACUUUCAUUGUUUGUCCUUUGUAUAUCCCGAAAAUGUAUAUAGACACACGUUUUAUAUAUAUCUAAAUUUCAAGCAUAAUACGAGUUUUUGUUACUUAAACUCUAAAAUGGGGUAGAUCUAACUAGAUAUUUUGUAACUGAACCAAGAGAAAUGAAUUUGGAAAAUUAUCUCAGAAGUAGCUGUUACGCCUCUUUGUUCUGUUCUGUUCAGUUUGUUUUGUUUUUGUGUGUAUUAGAAUUGGUACUGGUUAAUAUAUAAUUGAUUUUUAACGAAACAAAGGGACUAGACAGCUUUCUGGUCAGCUUUGCAUACCUGUCAAGACACACGCAUUGCGCGUGUGUCACACGCAUUUUGGUCCUAGAACACGCUCACACGCCUAUUUUUCAAGGUCACACGCAUUUUAAAGCAAUAAAGCAAUCAGUUGUUUUUUCGUAGAAAAUUAUUGAAUCAAACAUGCAAGGCGACAUUGACACGGUGUUUUCAUACCGUAUAAUACAGCUUUUACAUUCACCGGUGCAACGUGUUAUUUCUACCGCAUGAAUAAAUGUCACAAAAAAGUAAACAUGGAGGGAGACUAUUCAAAGCCAUAUCUAUUUUGUGUUAAAAAUCUAAAUUUUCCAUGUGAGGGCGUUUCCGGCUUUUAGGGAUCAUCGCCCUCCAGACCCCCACGAGGGACAACCUUCCCUUCGACCCCGAUCACACUUGUGGCCUUAGUGGAGCCUUGACAGCUAUGGCGAGUUUGCGAUGACAAAAGCCUGUGUGUUAAUUUAGGCGUCUUGUACGCCAAUGAAAUCUGCUUUUUUUUAUCUCUUUAUAUACUGAAAAAAAUUCUCAGUAAAUGGAUGUUGUACCCAAUUAAUCAGGACUAAAACGUACUAAAUAUUGUUUAGAAGAACUUUCUCUUUAUAUUUCAGUUUUUGUUCGUAUCUUCGCAAUGAAAUAGAAAUGUGAUUUUUUUUCGAUAUAUUCUAAAAAGAAAACAGAUAAAUAUUGCGUGUGCGCGUAUUUGUACAUGCACAUAUGUUUUGAUUUUAUGUAGCGUGAAGUUUCAUAGGAUAAAUAUGACUUUUUUUUAAAGAAAGAUAUAAAAGCUUGUCGACAUGUUAACAAUAUUAUAUAUGUUUCGGUACAUUAAUUUAAGUGUUCAGUGUUAGACUUCAUUUUGAUUUCGCCAAUUUCCUUUUUGCGUAAAUAUAUUUAGACGGCUCAUAUAUCGUUAGGGUUUUAAGCAGCUGAUUCGAACAUUUGAGCCGUGCCAUGGGAAAACCAACAUAGUGGCUUUACGACCAGCAUGGAUCCAGACCAGCCUGCGCAUCCGCGCAGUCUGGUCAGGAUCCAUGCUGUUCGCUAACAGUUUCUCCAAUUCCAAUAGGCUUUAAAAGCGAACAGCAUGGAUCCUGACCAGACUGCGCGGAUGCGCAGGCUGGUCUGGAUCCAUGCUGGUCGCAAACCCACUAUGUUGGUAUUCUCAUGGCACGGCUCAUUUGUCUACAUUUUUGUGGUAUUGAAAUGUCGAUAGCCUUUUGAAAACCUCACAAUCAUUGCAAUAAAUACUCGAGGACGAUCCACUUAAAUACCAUAAAACAAUACUCUUUUUGGUUAUUUACCCUUGUUGUUGGUGUUUGUGGAUACUUUAUUAUAUCUUUAAGAGUUCUUCCUUCUAAUAAAAUGUUGUUUUAAUCAGAAAA